AGACCGAGAUGGGUUUGUGAUUAAUGUUGAAAUAGACCAAAUAGUUAACCUUUAAAUUUUAUUGACUGUUUCAAAUUAUUACUGCUGUCUGAAUUUUUGUGAUACUAGAAACGAUAAAACAUGUUCAAGAAACCUUUUAAAAUUAAACAUAAUACUCAAUUGAAAGGUUCAUCCAGAAAGAGAUUCCGUUUGGAUAUUUUGAAUAGAUUCCCUUGUUUGUCCCAUGACAAACUUUGUCAACUGAUACCAAACAAAGAGAAUGUAUUCUGUCUGAAGAUCAGUACUCAUAGUGAUGACACAGUCAAUGUUUAUUGCGUUCAAAAGAUACCAUUGGUAUUUGAAGUUUCAGAUGUUAUGUAUCCAACAAUCUACAUGCUAUGGGAGGUGCCUGAAUUACUACCAUCAUUCUGCACACAUCCUGAAGUGUUCUCGUUCAUAGCUGGUGGAGCUGACCUCAUGCUUCCCGGCGUACUUGUAUCUGAACCGAUCACUCCCAGUUCCUAUGGCAAUCUAGAUAAAGGCUCCUCGGUCUGUGUCACUUUGAAAAACAACAGAGCUCCUAUGGCUAUUGGAGUAACUGCCUUAUCCAGUUCCGACAUGUACAUGUCCAAUAAACGAGGAAAGUGUGUCUCAAUAUUUCAUUUCUAUGGCGAUCAUCUAUCAAGUUAUGAAACUCUUCUUCCUAUUCCCUUCAUCAAGGAACUUAGUGUUGAGGAAAAACUCUAUGAAGCUACUGAAAUGUUGAAUAUUAAUGUGACAGAUAGCUCAGCCAUGUCAUCCGAUUCGGUUGAUCAUAGUGAUUCGCUAGUUGCAAGUAGUGAGAAGCCAGAUGAAUCCGGCCAUUCCAAUAGUGACGACAUAACAGUCGAACAAAGUCAGCCAUCCACAACUGACGAAUCUCACAAUAUUGAAGAACAAAUGAAUGAGCUACUGAUGUACUGUUUUUUGAAAUGUUUGAAAGCAGGCGCUAAAAAAUUCAGCUUGCCUCUAUUGACUAGCAACUUUUUCAGAUUGCACUUAUUAGCAGCUUGUCCUGAAGGAAAAACGCUCGAAUUGAAGAAAACAAAAUAUAAAAAGCUUUCUUCAUUUUUGGAAGAAAUGGAAAGCCUGCAACUUAUUAAAUUGGAGACCGUUUCCAAAGGAGUUUUAGUGAUAUCAUCUAUCAAUAAUGAUCACGAAUAUCUGAAAACUUUUUCAAAGACAUACAGUCAUAUUGCCGAAGAAGACAAGAAACCCAGUGAAAAUGAACAAGCAACAACAACUCUGAGAGUAGAGGAGAAAUACUGUGUGAAUGCUUCCACUCUCCCUUUGUUCUCGCUUUACCUUUACAAAAAACAAGAUGUUAUCACUAAGGAAUCAGUAAGAAAUUGCAUUAGAGAUUACGUGGAGAAGCAGAAUCUAGCUGAUUCGAAGGACAAGAGGAUGAUCGUGUUGGAUGGUGUACUGAAAAAGAUAGUUGGAGGAGGAGAAUCUUCGGUGAACUGGGCGCAACUCAACGAAGCCGUCAUAAAAAAAUUGGGUGAUUGCUAUUCUGUGCACACAGCUGAUAGAAGUACUGCUCUUGUCAAAGGCAAAUUGUCACCCAUUGAUAUCCAAGUGGGCACUCGAAGUUGCAAUAAGAAAGUAACUCUUGUGAAUAACUUGGAACUGUAUGGUAUAAAUAUGAAGGAAUUUUGCCAAGAAUGCCAACAUGGCGUUGCGGCAAGUACAACCAUCAACCAUCCUCCAUCUUUGAAAGGUGCUCAGGUGCAGGUUCAAGGAAAUCAAGUUGCGUUUGUUUCCAAAUUACUCAUGGAGAAAUACAACAUCCCAAAAAGAAUGAUCAGAGGCAUGGAGAACAUUCCGAAGAAAAAGAAAUAAAAAAUUCAUAUUUUAAGCGUAUUACAGCACUCAAGAAACUUUCAGUGUAAUUUCAAAAUUAUUGUAACUAUUUCUGUUGGUGCAGGAAUAGCCGAAUAAUUUGUGCACUGAGAUCUCCAAUAAAUGGUUCUUUCUUCAUAAGUAUAAAUA